AUGGAGAGAAGAUUGAUCGAUGAGUCUGACGCAACCAUUGAUGACCAAAGCACGGGGUUAAUGGAGCACACCACACCCAUGCCAACUAGUCUUUAUUCUGAGGAGCUGAGAAAGCUGCUGCCGAAAGACUGCUUUUUCAUUUCACGGAGUGUAUUCCAGAAGAACUUCCUCUCAGUCUGCAAGUCGCUCAAGCGCUCUUCACAACCAGCUAGUAAAGGGAUAAAUCCUUCUGUCUCCUUUAGAUAUUUGGAGUUGAUGCCGUUUAGAGCUGAGUUGAGAGCCUCGGAGGAAGACCAUCAAUCUGCUCAUGCGGAGGGAGCAGUUGAGGAGAAUACUAGACAUCCUCAGUAUUAUGGCAAGGGAGGUGUUAUGACGUCAUCUUCUCCGACCUAUACUUACGCCUCCGACCUAGAGCCCAACACCACGAUUGCAUCUGCAUCUAUACUCUCGCCCGUACCUAUCAGCAAAAGCAAGGCCAUCAACGGCGUCUCUGAAAAGAGUCAUUCCAAGCUAAACAACGUACCUCUUAGAGGCCUUGAGGUUUCCUCUAAGCGCAACGAAAGGACAUGCAAGGCAUCCAGCCGCAUUGUUUGGACUCCAGAAAUGAAUGACCUCUUUGUGCGAGCAUACAACAGCAUCAUCGGGGAGGUCCCUACACCCGUUAGGAUCCUCCGCUUUAUGAGCCCUUUUUACCCUGAUCUCACGCAGAAACACGUUCAAUCUAAAUUACAAAAAUAUCGCCUUCAGAACAAAUUAAAGGCCUCCCUCAGUUGUCAAUCUGCUAGUCACUCUCGUCUGCAAGCACAACGGCCACGUACCAGUGGCGUUGACGGUGAGAUCCAUGCUAUCACCCCACCUCCCACAUAUCUAUCAGGGACCACAAGACUGUUUUCUGGACUAGACUCUAUGGCACCACAACCUUUAAACUCGUCUACUGUGGGCCUCAUCUGUGCAGCUGACACGACAGAGGUUCCACAAACAGGGUCUUGGUAUUCUUAG